UGCUGCUGCCUUCGAGGACCGCGGAUAGCGGUCCUAGGGCUCAGGUCCUGGGGCCCGGGGCCCUGUGGCGCGGAAGAGGAAGGGGAACGGGAGCUGGAGUCCCGACCACCUUCAGCAUCCACUACAACAACCCUUGCGCAGAGGUACUGGCGGCCCACGCGUCCAUUUGGCAGCUGGCGGUGGGCAGCACUUUGGCGGAGAGCUCCGAGGUUUUGACUUUCUGCGCUCUAAACUUGGAUCCCGGAAUGCUCAGCUCCGCCAGCGGUGCGAGGUGGAGGCUGCAGGUAGUGCUGGGCCACCUGAGCGGUCGGCCCCAGUCGGGGCCGGCGCUGCAGGCCGAGCCGUGCCUCAGCAGUUUCCCCUCGGCCUCGGCCGCGGACGUGGUGGUGGUGCACGGACGCCGCACAGCCAUCGGCCGAGCGGGCCGCGGCGGCUUCAAGGACACCACUCCCGACGAGCUCCUGGCUGCCGUCCUGACCGCGGUUCUCCAGGACGUGAAGCUGAGGCCUGAGCAGCUGGGAGACAUCUCCGUGGGAAAUGUGCUUCAACCUGGGGCUGGGGCCAUCAUGGCCCGGAUUGCUCAGUUUCUGAGUGGUAUCCCAGAGACUGUGCCUUUGUCCACUGUCAAUAGACAGUGCUCGUCGGGACUGCAGGCAGUGGCCAACAUAGCUGGUGGCAUCAGAAAUGGGUCUUAUGACAUUGGCAUGGCCUGUGGGGUGGAGUCUAUGUCCUUGGCCGAGAGAGGGAACCCUGGAAAUAUUACUUCACGCCUGCUAGAAAAUGAGAAAGCUAGAGAUUGCCUGAUACCCAUGGGGAUAACCUCAGAGAAUGUAGCUGAGCGGUUUGGAAUUUCCAGGGAAAAGCAAGAUACCUUUGCGCUGGCCUCCCAGCAGAAGGCAGCGAGAGCCCAGAAUAGGGGCUGUUUCCGGAAUGAGAUCGUGCCCGUGACCACCACCAUACAGGAUGACAAGGGCACCAAGAAGAGCGUCACUGUGUCCCAGGAUGAGGGCAUCCGCCCCAGCACCACCAUGGAGGGCUUGGCCAAGCUGAAGCCUGCCUUUAAGGAAGGUGGCUCCACCACAGCUGGAAAUUCUAGCCAGGUGAGCGAUGGGGCAGCUGCCAUCCUGCUGGCCCGGAGGUCCAAGGCAGAAGAGUUGGGCCUCCCUAUUCUUGGUGUCCUGAGGUCCUAUGCAGUUGUUGGGGUUCCACCUGACAUCAUGGGCAUUGGACCUGCCUAUGCCAUCCCUGUAGCUUUGCAAAAAGCAGGGCUGACAGUGAAUGAUGUGGACAUCUUUGAGAUCAAUGAGGCCUUUGCAAGCCAGGCUGUCUACUGUGUGGAGAAGCUGGGCAUCCCCCCUGAAAAGGUGAACCCUCUAGGGGGCGCAGUGGCUCUGGGCCAUCCCCUGGGCUGUACUGGGGCUCGACAAGUCAUCACACUCCUCAACGAGCUGAAGCGCCGUGGGAAGAGGGCUUAUGGAGUGGUAUCCAUGUGCAUCGGGACCGGAAUGGGAGCUGCUGCUGUCUUCGAAUACCCUGGGAACUGAGGUCCUGGCUAGAGGCACUAGCCAGAAAGUCCUGCUGUGGUGGCCAGCCAGAGAGGGACACUGCAGAAGCUGAUCCAUGUGGGACAUUCAGCAAUGGCGAGGGGGUGGGGGGAGCAAAUCACAUCACUUUAGCUGAUUGCUAAUUUGGACAGAAGGAACACUAUAAUACAGUACAGGACUGGGUGGUGUGUUGAGCUGACCCAACAUACUCCAGUAGCUGUGUGAAAGUCUAGGGGAUCACCCAGGCCACAGACCAUCAUGUAACUUUUGGGGGAUGGUGGCUUUGUGAGUGAUGGGUGUAAUGGAUGUAGAAAAUGUGUGAUCUCA